AUAUAUAACAUUGAUAUUGGGGUGAAAGUGGGCUCACAAUAGCUGUUUUGGAAAUAAAAAAAAAAAUACCGCAUAUACACAGUGAAAUGACUUUAUAAUAAAAUUAUGGCCAGCUACUACAGUAAAGAUAUUAUGUUUCUAUAAAAUUAAUUAAACAGGCGGAGGACCUCCACCCAAACCCCUGAGUGCCAUAGCCGAGACAGUGCAGAUGGUGAUUGGGGAAGAAAAUGCCAUCAUUGAUGGAGUACAGGGAGGGAUUGACUCCUCCUUGCUUCAAUUGCUGACCAAUGAUGGGAACAUUUGUAAUGUUCAGAUUGUUCAGAGUGAACCUGAGUUCAGCAUGACAUCGCCUCCUAUCAUACCCCUCUCACCAAGAUUGCCAUUGCCAGCUCCUCUACAUGUUCCUUCAGCCUGUUCCUCUGUGCCAGCAGGAAAUACAUGUACAAGAUGCGCCAAAGCCCAGACAGACAACCACAACAGGCAAAGUGAAAUAGAGGAAAUGACAAUUCGGAAACUUCAUCUCGAAAUUGAAUAUUAUGAGAUGAAAUUGAAAACAUUGAAGGAGGAAUAGGUGAUGAUGAUCUGUAUUAAAUUUUCAAUUAAUGAUAAAUAACACAAAUAUUUUUUCUACCAUAUACAUCCUAUAGAUUAGUUUAAUACCACAGCAUCUUUACAUUUUUGACUUUUUCUCUAGAAUCUAGGAAACAAAGCAUCCUUAGGUAAAGGGAAUUUAAGUUAUUUGUAGAGCCAAUCCAUGGUCAAAGUCAUGAUAUUUGCAUCGUGUGACCUUGAUCACUAUUGAAUUUAGUAUGCACAGGAGCUUAUUGUUUCACAAACAAAAGUUGUUUUAACAACUAUUGAACUACAAAGUGAAAACUUUAACCCUAUGGUCAUAACUUUUGAAUGGCGAGUGAUAGGGCUUUCAUAUUUCAUGUUUACAAGGUAUUACCUGUGACAAGAACUGUUUACUUGUACAAAAGAUUUGAUCUUCUGACAUUGACAUUGGAGUUUGACCUACUUUUUAAAAAAAAAUAACCUUGAAGUGGUGCAUUGCUUUAAUGACAAACACCCAAAACCGGUGGAUCACAAUUCUUGAUUUUUACUUGUUUAUCUUUAAUUCAAUCUUGUCUGAAUAUGAAUUACACAUGAAAUACAUAAAUCUCAUUCUAUGCAUUAAAUGCAUAAUAUGUAUAUAAUUCACAUAAUUGCAGAUAUUGUUUAAAACUGCAUUUGAUAUUUUUGUUCAUAUUUUUGUUUCAUAGUUUGGGACCCUGCCAAUAGGCAAAUGUCCUAUAGUAAUGAAUGUCUGUGAAUCCUGGUGACUUUGAAAUAUUCUGUAAAUAUUCACUGUUUUUUAUACUGUAUUUUAGUACAUGUUCAAAUUAAGAAGUUGUUUUUGGUUUUAAGAAAAAAAGUACUU